CCAGGAUCCAGACUUGGAGAGACACCAACUGAAGACUGAACAGUGCACAGCUUCUACAUUAUAAAUUCUGAAAAAGCCUUAGCCAUCGUCUGUGAGACAAGUCCUGCAGAGAUGACUGCAUCCACAGAGAAACUGCGAGAGAGCUACAACCAGCAGGGCUUCCUCUCGGCACUGCCUGUGCUGAAUGAGACAGAGCUGAGGGAAGCAAGAGAUGCAUUUUCUAAGUUGGAGAUGGAAUUUGGUACUGAGUACACGCAGUACAGCCUUCACAAUGCUCACCUCCAGUAUCCAUGGGUGAUGAACCUGACCAAGCACCCUCACAUCCUGCAAGUGAUCACAGCCGUCUUGGGCCCAGAUGUGAUCCUGCUGGAUUCCCGCUUCAUCUGCAAAUACCCAGCAUCGGUCAAACCAGCCAAGGAGGAAACGAUUACCCAAAGCAAUGGGCACGCUGAAAAAGAUGAACUUCCAUACGUGGCCUGGCAUCAGGACAUGAGGUACUGGGGUAUCACUGGCGGCCCUGUUCUUUCUGUGUGGCUUGCUUUGGAUGACUCACUAAAAGAAAACGGUGCCCUGCGGGUUGUCCCAGGCAGCCACUGCUCAGGCAUGUUGCCCCAUCGCCAAGCCCUCCGUCCUGGGAAUAUGCUGUCAGUGAACCAGGAGAUCCCAGAGGAGCUGGUGCAGGUGGAGGAAGCUGUGUUAUGUCCUCUGUUAGCUGGACAGAUGUCUAUUCAUGAUGGACUCCUUGUGCAUGCAAGUGAUGCCAACACAUCACAAAAGAGACGCUGUGGGUUUGUGAUCCGUUACGUUCCCACCUGUGCUUACCCCACAGAGGAUCCUGAUCGUCCAAGGAAGUUUCAUGCAACAAAGUUGGUCAGCGGGACAGACGCAUUCAAUCAUUUCUCCAACAAAAGCACAUGAAUAUAAGUAUUCAUGUGACUACAGUCCAAUUUGCAAGACCAGGAGUUAAUAUAUGUUACAGAAAUAUAAUGUGUUGUUAAAGCAAAUGUUUAAGUUUUAUAAUCAAAUCAAAUUUCAGAUUAUUGAUAUAUUUAUCACAUUUCUGUCAUUUUUUGACAUAACUUGCUGUGUUUAAAUUCCUUUAAGACUAUAUCAUGAAUUAAUUAAAUAAUUGAAUGUGUAGAAACUGUUUUGUGCCAUAAACUGGUUUGUAAAAUUUGAAAUAAAUGACAAAUUGCAUA